AACUGGAUUUUCUCAGACUACAUUCGAUUCCCAAGCGUGCCCAACGUGGACGAUGUGCAAGAAGUGUUUUUUAACAUGUCAUUCCGGUUUACUCAAUGCGUCACGCCCUGUGUCAACAGCUACGCCACUCUGUACCGAUAUGACGUGAACGCCCCCGUAUCAGCUGACCAGAGAGUGGCUCCCUCUAAUUACCAACUACUGGGUGGAAUUGCAGAUUCCAGACUCAAUCAAGCAACCAGUCCUACCUCUAAUGCGAAUUCAGUAUGGUCUAUUUCAAGGCCGGCUACAAACGGAUUUUACCUUGCAUUCAGGGACGAGGGUAACUGUGGCAAUAUCAACAGAGUGUAUGUGUACUACCAUCGAUCGCCUGGCUACACUGGGACGUUGGUCACCUGCCCCUCCGUGCCCUUCCCAAUCCAAGGCUCCACCAGCACCACUCGAGGCACAUGUUGCUGUGGACUGAAUGUUGAGAAUAAGAGCACUCUUGACAGAAUAUGCUCUGCUGAUGGUAGUUGUGUGGACCCAGCCACUGACGUGUGUGGGUGCUCUCCUGGCUUUGAGUUUAUUAAUGGCGUCUGUCAAGCUUGCCCUGCUGGUAUGUUCCAGCCUGACAUCUCCAUCACCUCCUCGUGUGUGGCCUGUCCUGCUAACAGUGCAGCCUUGCUACCAGCCAGCGGUGUCUGCGACUGCACUGGAGCUACUGUACGCAACCCAGCCAUGCCAAGUAAUCCUUGUGCCGAGCCCCCCUCCUCCCCCCUGCUGACUGUGGGGCCGGUGGUUGACGGCACUGUUGUCACUGUAUGCUGGGGGUCUGCCCUCAACACUGGGGGUCUGGACGACCUUCACUACAACGUGUACGUGCAUCAAGUUGGAAUGGAUGGAGCAAUGUACAACAAAGUCAAUGACAACCCUAUCACAGGAUCUGGGGAACUAUGUUAUGAGAUUUCCGAACUCAAUCCGUCGUCUAGUUACGCUGUCGUGGUGACAUCAGCCAAUGGGGCGACAGGGGACCCGCCCACGUUGGAUCAGCAGCUCUCCUCCGUACAGGGACAGUUUGUGGCAUACUUUGUGGACACGGGAGAACCAGAGCCCUACUGACUGUGGGGCCGGUGGUUGACGGCACUGUUGUCACCGUAUGCUGGGGGUAUGCCCUCAACACUGGGGGUCUGGACGACCUUCACUACAAUGUCUAUAUACGUCAAGUUGGAAUGGAUGUAGCAAUGUACAACAAAGUCAAUGACAACCCUAUCACAGGAUCUGGGGAAUUAUGUCAUGACAUUUCCGGACUCAAUCUGUCGUCUAGUUAUGCUGUCGUGGUGACAUCAGCCAAUGGGGCGACAGGUGACCCGCCCAUGUUGGAUCAGCAGCUCUCCUCCGUACAGGGACAGUUUGUGGCAUACUUUGUGGACACGGGAGAGCCAGGUCUUCGGAAGGGUGAUGCCAUAGCAUUGACCUUCUUCAUGACCCUCAUCUUUGUGGCUCUAGUAACAGCUGCCAUUGUAAUCACUGUCAUGUGGUUCGUCUGCGUCAAGAGGAACGCUACCAUGGCAACCUCCCCAAAGACCAACGGAGAUCAUUCAAUGAGUGACUAUAAAGUAGGCAAUACGGCCAUGGUUGAGACCACACCCUCGACACACCUCUCCCGUCCACCAAGACCCCCUACAAAGCCAAAAGUGUGAUCGUUUCACAACAAUUGAAUAUUUUAUCCCCGGUACGUUUAGCAGCUCUAUAAUUAUAAUUAUCCUAAUGUUUCUUGUGAAUGUGUCAAAUUUUUAUUGUUAUGCCUC